CUAGUCCAUUUGCAGUGCAAUAAAAAUUUUAACGUCAUGGAGAGCCGUAAAGUUGCUAGACCACAUUGAGAAACCAUAAGAAUCACAGCUGUUCCACUUGCUAGAAAUACGUUAACGAAAGUGAAACGAAAGGCCAAAAAUGACAAAACCAGGUAACAAGUCAUUCAACUAAUCAGUUGACCAAGUUUCUUUAUGACACGAGCACCUUCACGCGUACACAAUAUUCGAAGAUGAAACUCAGUCUUCUGUUUGCCCAGCUGAUAUUUGGCUUCGUGUCCACCUCGUUUAUCCAGCCCGUUUUUCGGAAUGUCCCGAAUUCUCAUGGCAUUCGCGUCCGACGAUACGACCCCAUGAUCGACAUGAAGUCCGAAGAGUUUCUCCUCUUGAAGUACUUUAAGUACAAAUGGAUUGCAAAGUGCUAUCAGAAAGGCCAAUGUCAUAACGAUCAUGGAUAUGAAAGGCAAAGUUACGGCUAUUCCCAAAGUUCAUACGGUGGUCAUGGAGGCUAUUCCGAAAGCUCCUAUGGAGGGGAAAAAUCGAAAGGAAAAAGUAAAGGCAAAGGAGGAGGAGGAGGAGGAGGUGGUAGCUACGGAGGAGGCGGAGGUGGAAGUGAUGGCCACGGAAUGCAAUCAAAAGGUAAAGGAGACGACGGAGGUGAUGGUUAUGGAGGAGGCGGAGGUGGUAGCUACGGAGGGCAAUCGAAAGGUAAAGGAAAAGGCGGUGGAGGUGGCAGCUAUGGGGGAGGCGGAGGGGACAGUUACGGAGGAGGUGAUAGCGGAAGCACAUCCAAAGGCAAAGGCGGAGGAGGCGAUAGCUACGGAAGCACAUCCAAAGGCAAAGGCGGAGGAGGCGAUAGCUACGGAAGCACAUCCAAAGGCAAAGGCGGAGGAGGCGAUAGCUACGGAGGCACAUCCAAAGGCAAAGGUGGAGGAGGCUAUGGCGACGGAGGCUAUGGCGGCGGAGGUCAUGGAGGGAAAUCGAAAGGGAAGGGUAAAGGUGGAAGCUACGGAGGAGGAUAUAGUGGUAGAUCAGGGGGUGGGUACGGUGGAUCGGGUGGAUCAAGCCGUGAGGGAGGUGGAUCAGGCGAAUCAAGCAGCAGCGGCGGCAAUGGUGGUUCGUAUGGAUACAGUAACAGUGGCGGAUCGGGAAAAGGCGGGGGAUCCAGUGGAUCUAGUAAAAGUGGCGGAUCCAGCAAAGGGUGUGAUUCAGGUGCGUCAGGCAAAGGUGGUGACUCGGGUGGAUCUGGCAAGAGUGGCGACUCGGGUAGCUCGGGCAAAGCGGACGGAACAGGAGGAUCUGGAAGUAAGCAAAGAUAAAUCGCUAUCUGCCAUUGUGGAUAAGCACAUUUCAAUCUCAAUUACUAUGCAUCAAUUAUACUUCCCUGUCUUUCUCAUUUUGUUGUUAUUCUUCGUAAGGAUGUCCCAAUCAUGUCGAAACGAUUUGAAUUCUCUCUGCGUCCUCUUAUGCAUUCAUGAAUAUUUAAAGCAAAAUCAUCUCUAUUAUAUCUUUUGUUAUAACAAGAGAACUUUCAUCAAAUAAAAAUGUUACAAUUUAUUUUUAGAAUCGAGAAAAGAUAAGAAAAAGCUUUGCUUUACAUCACCGCUUAGUUUAGGACAGGACGUGCUUGUUUUUCUAAUUAUUCGCAGAGUUUCUGUUUUGGAACAACUUGUCACCGUUGCUACGUGAAAGAACUUCCAUCAAGACUUUUACCACUGAUUUUUCAGCCAACGUAAAAGCUGUCGGUGAUAGCAGAAUGGUAACUUUGAUUAAGAGAGUAUCCUAACAUUUCGUCUUUACGCAUGAAAAGGAGAAAAGAAACUGGAAAAUCAAAAUGUAACCUACAUUUCAUUGUGCGACCUCGUCACUAUGUCGCGUACACCCUUCACCGUACAGAUUCAGCACAAUGAAUUAACUUUUACUGCGAACGUAAAUUUUUUUAAAUUUUUUAAGCAUGGAAUCGACUAUACCUACCUGUUAUAGUAAUUGUACUUCUUACAGUAUUUCGAUUUUACCUUUAAAGGUUUUAGGAGAACACGUUUGUAGCAGCUAUAACGCCCUUCAGCUGGAACUCAUUUGCAUAUGUUUUGCCUCAUAGGAAGUUGUCGAACAUCAACUGGUAUUUGAAUACCUGAGCCUGUCAUAAAAAAGAAAAGAAAAGCUACGUGCUAAAUGAAAAUGGGUGUGGAUAAAACACAGCCUACACCCAGAGCAAGUAGAACAUUUGCAUUUUGAAUAAUUGCCAAGAGGAGAAACGUAAAGAGCCUUGACCCCUUUCCUUCCACGUUUCCACUCCCGGAUUUUUCAUUUUCGUAAAUACUUUGUUUAGUUUCCGGAAAAGAUGGCCAACUUAGGAAAAAAAAAAAAACCUUGAUCGUGUCCACCUUUGCAAGCCUUCAAUUCCGGAACUGAGUCACCAAAAACGAAGGUAAAAGAAAAUCCUGAGAGCAAUUCCUACGUCGUUUGUGAACAAGGUCGGUUGAUAACGAUGCUGAUGACCGUAAAUGUCUUCGACGAUCGCCUAGUUCGUACCCAAACUCUUCGUGGCUGACAUCAAAAUUGUUGCGUAAUCCCACUUUUUACUAGCACGGUGGAUUUGAAGGAGACGAACGAGGCAGGAUGGCAGUACCAUGUUCUGUGGUAAGUUCUACCUUGAGAUUCCUGCUAUAGGUCGAAAGAAGGCAAGGCAUGCGCUGUAUAAAGCUUGCCGACUCCAUUGGGGUUAGCAUCAGUCAGCUACGGACUCUCUCGUAAGAUUGAACGAUUCUAAGAAAUCGAAUUUCACGCAGCAUUUCAAGAUGAAGUUUAUAUUGAGUAUUCUGUUAGCCAUGGCUGUCGUUGCUGCUUGCCAGCCCAUUGGCGAAGCCCCGAUUCCGGCUUCCGUUUCAGCUGAAAAAGUCGUUGUGGCAAAAUCCAUCGAGUCGAGUGACUCUGCCCAACACGAUUUGACUCCAAAUGAAUCGUCUGCUAAACAUUUCGGCCAAGGUGGAUUUGGCCACGGACAUGGAUUCGGACACGGAUUUGGACAUGGACAUGGAUUCGGACAUGGGCAUGGACAUGGACAUGGAUUCGGACAUGGGCAUGGAUAUGGGCACGGAUUCGGACAUGGAUUCGGCGGAUUAGGUGGAUACGGAGGUUACGGACUUGGUGGAUUGUAUGGAUUCCCUGGAUACGGCUUUCCAGGUUACGGUUACGGACUUGGUGGGUUAGGAUACGGCUUUGGCAGAUAAUCUGUACCAUCACUAAAACUUUAAUUUAUCUAAGUGCCAUUGAUUUCGAGCAAUGUAUAAAACCUGUUCAUGUAGAGUGCCAAUACAACUUGUGUGUGACGAAA